AUGUCGGAUAAAUGCCCGACUGCAUUCCAAUCAUUCUUAAAAUGUAAACUCGGUGUUCAAAGUCCAUCAUUAGCAUACGCAGCCAAAGACAUGGCCAGAACUGUCCUUUUUGCAGUAAACAUACCUUAUCCACUGUUAAAAGUUUGGCAUGGCAUCUUAGUAAAGUCUGGAACCACCUUUUCUGAAUUGAGUAGAGACAACAAUCUCGACAACAACAGUAUAAACAUCGAACAGUGCUCAUUUGUUGAUUUAUUCGAGUAUGCAAUACCUGGCAAUUCAUUUGCAAUUAGUCCAGAUAAAACCAUAAGGUCUAGAAUAAACAAGGGAAUUUCUACACUUGCUGGAAGAGUCUCUGGAGAAUAUGCAAAGCUUAAGGGAAGAAAGCGACAAGAAUUAUAUUCCAAGAGGAAGUUAUUUCAUAUUUACACUGGAGAAACGGUCUCUGCUGCAGAUAUUAAGAACGAAAAUAGCAAUAUGAGAGAUGAAUUGCAGGAGUGGAAAAAGACCUGUAAAGAUCUACAAAAUGAUAUUCAUACUCUUUAUGAGGAGAUUGAAACAGCAAUGCAAGAAAAGGAUGAAGAAAUCUCAAAUCUCCACUGCAUAAAUGAAGAACUUAAGAGUUAUAUUGAUUCCUUGAAAACAUCCCAAAAUUCCUUAUAUAAUGGAAAACAUGUUUCAGAAGUAAAAAAAAAUCAAGAACCUUGAAAACAUUUCUGUCUCGUGCACAGACUGCCUUGUGGUUUCCCAGAUCAUUUGGCUUGGAGAUAGAAAGCAUUAAAGUGAGUGAAACCGAGACUGGCAUUAAACACAAUAUAAAGGUUGAGGAGUGCAAAGACACAAAUGUGUCCCACAAUUGCCAUGGAUUUGAUGCUCUCUCAGAUGACGAGAAGUCUAAAGUAGAGAAGAUAUUGUUUCUGCUCGAUAAAUUUUGUGUGGGAGACUACUUUUACCAUGAAUUGACUAUGAUGUGUGGUGAUUUACCCAGAUCAUAUUUAGUAAAGCAGAAGAGAGAUCAGUUGAACAAACUUUGUCAUAUCACUUCUACUCCAGAAGGUGCCCAAGUAUCAUUCAAAGAUUUGUUGACACAGAGGAUCAGGGAACAUGUUACAACACAUCCUACUGUAAUGAGCAACAAUGAGCCUGUUCAAGUCAAAAUUUCUGGUGAUGGGGCUCGCAUGACCAGAAAUUCAAAUUUUAUUUUACUCAGUUUUGCUUUGUUACAAGAUACCGAUGAUGUAAUGGCUGCCAAAGGAAAUCAUACCAUAGGAGUUGUUAAUGGCAAAGAGGAUUAUGAAUCAUUGGAAAGAUGCUUUAAAGAUAUAUUUACAGAUAUCAAUGAACUAGUCUUAGAUAAGAAAAUAGAUGUGGACGGGCAAACAAUCAGGGCUCGAAAUAGUGGGCUGCCAAUGGCCAAAAGCAGGUCAUAUUUUAGAAAUGGCAGGCAAAAACAAAUUUGAACUGCCAAGUUAAAAAAAAAGUGGCAGGUGAAAUUCUACAGAUAUAUUUCAUUUCAUUUGGUUACCACAACUCAUAUAUACUAGAUCAUUUAGUUGACUAAAUACGUUUAUAUUUGAAAUGUAAAUCCAAGUUUACUGUAGAAAAAUAGACAAGUUUAAAAAUAAUAAAAAUGCAUGUCAUGAAAAUAUUGACUCUUACAAUAUGACUCAUAUGAGACAUCGCCCUUUUGGCAGUUCAAUGAAUAAAAAUGGCAGGCUGAAAUUUAUUUCAUCUGCCAAAAAAUUUUAGACUGGCAGGCCAUAUUUUUUCUUUUUCUCUACUUCGAGCCCUGCAAACAAUCAAUUUGGAUUCUUUUUAGGGGGGAUUACAAAUUUAUUCUUCUCCUUCUGGGACUUAGUGGUGCUACAUCAAACUAUGCGUGCUCUUGGUGUAAGGUACACAGGGAUGAAAGAUGGAAUAUGAAGUACGACCUUGAAUACUACAGCUCUUCAAAGUUGAAAAGAACUUUGGAAGAUCUUAAAAAGUCAGCAACCAAGAGUUCGAAAGAAAGUUAUUGCUCUGUGAGAAAAUCACUACUGAAUAUAGAGCUGGACCAUGUGAUUCCAGAUGAAUUACACUUACUUUUAAGAAUUAUGGAUGUAUUGAUUAACAAUUUGGUAAAGGAUGCUAUCAACUGGGAUGUUAGUGAUAAUUGGAAGAGAAAGAAAAGCGAACACACAAAUACCCACUUAAUGGAGCUCAAAGAUGCAAUACGAUCUUGUGGCAUCUCCUUUGAUGUAUGGGAGAAAAAAAAUGCUGAAUGGCAAAGGUUCAGGGCAGUAUGA